AGUCAAUAUAAAACUGGAAUUCUGGAUCAUACAAAAUGUUUGCUAUCGUCAAGCACAUCUAUAUAUGUGCGUUGAGAAUUGUCGUGUUUUUGUUCGUUCUUCAUACUUCACCGCCAGGAUUUCUCUGGACAGUGGAGGUAGACUCAGCGACGAUUUACGUUGACUCUUUUUAUGAGAUAGAUCGAACUUUGCCAGCCUGCGUCAACAAUAUUACCUGUCACCACACUACGCACUACGAGGUGGGAAUAUACCGACCAGUUCCAGGCCUUGAUUUUGAGCUCAUAAUGAUGGGCUUCUGAUGCAGUAAAGACGCGAGAUUUACUUGACAGCCAUGGCCGAGCAAACUCUCGCUGGCCGUUGUGGCUAAAUAGUCACGAAGCAUUUUCGGUUCUACCGUAGGGGACGGUGAUUUUGCUAGGCACUGUAUGUACCGUAUUGUACUACAGGCACUAUGACAGUACGGAUAAAAGAAUACAGUACCCUGUGCUAGUUAGGUAUACGUUAUGUUAUCAAAGGGCUUGGCGUUCACGCGCGAUCCCACAUGGCCACAGUGCACGGAGAGCAUGCUGUACACUAAGGCGACGAGCUCUCGGAUCACCUAACUUGGGAAGUGGUGAUCCCGUGACUGAACCAGUGGGCAUAUACCCACUUUCUGUACCCCGAUAUUCUCUUUUGUGGACUUAGACUUCUAUAUACUACUUGACAGUAC